UCCAAAAUAAAAAAAGAAGACUAUCGCCGACCGCACCGCACGCGCUGUACACGCACACGCCGCUUAUUUUUUCACAAAUAUUUUCAUGGACUCAAAUUAAUUCUCUAUUAUACAAACUCUUACUGACGACCAUAUUCGUCGUUGCGCGAGUGAUAUACAAGUUUUAUAGACAAUAAUUUAGAAGAGUGCCGUGUCAAGUCGCCGCCAUUACGCGUCGUCCAGCAGUGGCGUCGAAUUCUUCAGCCUGGAAGAAGCUAGCGACGGGUUGGCAGGUACGUCUACUCCUCAUAGCCUAGCCUCGGCCUUCCCCUCUUUUGUGCAUCUUUAGCGAUACUCGCCCCCGCAAAACUUUCUUCAAAAAUAUUGAACCAGCGCACCGCCGUGGUGGAAAAUUUGUAAAGAGUUUUUCCCACUAUUAUUGGUCCUUCGUCCCCGGAUUACAUUUCAAUCAUCGCUGAUCACCGCUUAUUACGCGAAUAAACACGCUUUAUUAUAUGUUUUGAUAUUUUAUUCGCACCGCAUUUCAUCAUAUUCCAUUUUUUUUUGACAGGUCAUUGACCUUUACUUACGCAAUCCGCAACGAUGACUUCGUCUGAACAAAAAUUGACAAUUCUAGAAUGUCAACGACAAGUCUAUUUCGAACACAUACAACGUAUUUACGAUUUAUCUCGCAGUAAUUUAAAUGAUCCUGAAACAUUGGAAAACUUUCUUUGUUCGGUAGAAACAAUCGAUGAGACCCGCAUUAAUUUCCAACAAUGUCUCAAGGAUAUAAAUCAAUUAAUAUUAAAAAUCGACUCCGAUUCUAAACCCGACUUCAAUAAGUGGCUCGCUUUUGAAGAUUUAUAUUGUCGUAUCAAACGUAAACGUUCGCAGUUAGAAUCAAAACCCACCAUGUCUGUCAAAAGAAAUGACGACUGUUGGCAAGGUGUUAAAUUAGCUCGCAUUGAAAUUCCCGAAUUCGAUGGGAACCCUAAAGAUUGGCCGCUAUUUUUCGCAACUUUUAAAAACGCUGUACAUUUGAACACAUCUCUUUCUCUCACUGAAAAAAUGUUUUAUCUUGCUAGUAAAUUAAAAAACAAAGCUAAAAAUAUUUAUGCCGGUUUCAUUCCAUGCGCUGAGAAUUACGAAACUAUUUACAAAGCGCUCGUGUCAAAAUAUGAAGACAAAAGGAACCUAGCAGGUACUUAUCUGAAUCAAAUAUUUUCUUUAAAACCGAUUUCUUCAGUCACUGCUGAAAAUUUAGAAAAUCUUAUCGAUCAAUUUUCAAACUCAUACCUCGCUCUUAAUAAUUUACAAAUACCUAACUUGUGUGACUUCGUCAUGUCCUACACUUUAUUACACCGCUUAGAUACAGAAACCGCACGUCUUUUUGAGAUGAAUAAUUGUGAUAAAGACAUACCUACUUAUCAGGAUUUAAUUUCAUUUGUUCGUGAUCGUAUAAAAGUUUUAAAUCGGACAGGUAAUAACAACCUGAACAGCGCAAGUACUUCAACGAAGCCUAAGCAAAACAAUGCAAAUAAAAAUAGCUCACGAUCAUUUGUCGUAAACAACACUGCAUGUCAGUUGUGCAAUGACUCUAAUCAUAACCACCUAUAUUCUUGCCCGCAGUUUAAAUCUCUUACCCCGCGUGAACGUUAUGAUUAUAUUAAAAAGAUACGCGCUUGUAUCAACUGUCUAAGUUUACAACAUAACACAAAUACUUGUAAAUCUGAGAAUAGAUGCGCUAAUUGUAAAAAGCUACAUCAUACGACUCUUUGCUUUGCUGAGAAAGCAUCAGCUGCAUUGCCGCCGGUACAGCCGCCUCAGUACUUACACCGCCGCACUGAUAACAAUACGCAUAGUCCAGUAGCCAUCGGUCAGAAAUCUACCGCGUCUUCAAGUUCGAUUUCUACCAAGCCUGUUGAUAAUAACGCUCCAUUUUGUAGUAUGAGUGCUAACUCAAAUAACACGCGAAAAACUAACAAUGUUUUACUUGGCACCGUUCUUGCUGAUGUGAAAAGAAGUGACGGAACUCUUGCUCAAAUUAGAAUUUUGAUAGAUAAUGGAUCGCAAAACCAUUUUGUUACCCGCCAAGCUUGUAAACAUUUAGGCCUUCGUAUCUUCCACGACAAUUCCGAACGAUCCGUAAAUGGAAUAGGUACUAGCUCUCAAACUAUAAUCGGAACUACCGAUGUAACGUUACUGUCUAGGUACGAUGCAAGCUUUUGUUUACGCAUAAACCCACUCGUUCUUAAAACAAUUUCGAGUAACUUGCCGAGUUGUGAAUUCGAUAUUUCGUCUCUUAAUUACCUAAGUAAUAAUAAUAUACAGCUCGCAGACCCGCACUUUAAUAAACCCGCUGAAAUAGACAUUCUGCUUGGCGCCGAAGUAUUCAUGCAGAUCCUAAGACCUACAAAGUUGUUAGGUCCGCCUGGAAAACCUGAUUUAUUGGAAACCGCAUUUGGAUACAUACUCUUAGGCUCGACCGCUUCGCUCCCUUGUCACAAUAAUACCGCGCCUAGUGAUAACGAUCACGCUUUUUUAUCGUCGAGUAACGACUCGAUCGAAACUUUAGUCUCAAAGUUCUGGGAGUUGGAGUCAGUUCCGACUAAAACACACAUGUCUAAAGCCGAACAGGAAUGUGAGGAUUUUUAUGAUUUAAAUACAUACCGCGAUAACACAACUGGACGUUACGUCACCGCUUUGCCUUUCUUGAGGUCGCCUACCGCUCUGGGCGAUUCUCUUACAACCGCACGUCGCUGUCUGUCGUCACUCGAACGCAGAUUUAAGACAAAUAUCGCUUUAAAAACUGAUUACGAUGCCGCGAUGAGAGAUUAUCUCGAACGGAACAUCAUUUCACCCGCACCCGCUCUUACUGAUACGAAUUAUUACGUCAUCCCUCACCACGGUAUAAGCCGAGAAGACAAACCGCUCCGCAUUGUACUGAACGCAACUGCACGAUGCAUAGAUACAAACGUUUCAUUGAACGAUUGUUUACAUUCCGGUCCUAAUUUGCAAGCAGACCUAACCGCGAUUAUUUUAAAAUUUAGACUGUUUCCGAUUGCUUUAACCGCCGACAUCAAACAAAUGUUUUUGGCUAUAGGCAUUCGUGAGGAAGACCGCCGCUUUUUGAAUAUACUAUACAAAUUUGACGAAGAUGAUACCGCGAAAAUGUAUCAUUUUAAUCGCGUUUGUUUUGGUCUACGGUGCUCGCCGUACCUUGCUAUGAAGACAGUCAAGCGUCUCGCCCGCGAUGAAACUGAUUUCCCGAUCGCUUCAGAAAUCACUAGUGAUCAUCUUUAUAUGGAUGAUCUAGGAGUUUCGGUAGAUACGCCCGAGAAUGGAAUUCAGUUGGCUCAUGAUUUAAUCGAACUAUUCAAACGUGGUGGUUUCGACUUAGUUAAAUUCGUUAGCAACUCGCCCGAGGUGUUAAAAUCGAUUCCGCAAGCCAACCGCUUAUCUUCAAAAAUUGAAUUCGACAAGCAGGAUAAUAUGAAGCUCCUAGGUCUAAUCUGGUCACCGGUCGAGGAUGAAUUUUCAAUCGCUAUUAAAUUCAACCCGCAAGCAAAAUGUACAAAGCGCCUUAUGCUUUCCACAAUCGCUAAACUGUGGGACAUAAACGGAUUUUGUGCCCCUGUCAUUUUACACGCAAAAUUGUUAAUAAAAGCUCUCUGGGUAGCUCAGAUUGAUUGGGAUGCAGAGCCCCCAAGCGACAUCUGUGCUGCAUGGAAACGCUUUCUUAGUGAACUCCCCGCUCUGCAAGACUUUAAAAUACCUCGCUUCGUAGGUAUCGUGCCCGACUCCCGUGUCAUACUACUGGGAUUUGCGGACGCUUCUGAAAAAGCGAUGGGUGCUUCUGUGUACAUUUGUGUACAACCGGCUUCCGGACCAAAUGAAGUCAAUUUAAUUGGUGCCAAAAGCAAGGUCGCGCCGCUCAAGAUUGUUUCCUUAGCCCGCCUAGAGCUUUGUGCUGCUGUAUUAUUAUCGAAACUGUUUCGAUUUGUUAUCGACACUGUUUCUCCCCGCUGUCAUGUUGACGAAAUUUUCGCGUUUACUGAUUCGACAGUGACCCUCCAUUGGGUUCACUCGUCUCCGCAUCGCUUUGAUACUUUCAUUGCGAACCGCAUCGCACAAAUACAGAACAACCUUGACCCCAAACACUUCUACCAUUGUGAAGGUACGCAGAAUCCCAGCGACUGCUUGAGUCGUGGUCUCACACCCGCUCAAUUAUUGAAUCACCCGCUGUGGCUCCAUGGCCCCACAUGGGCUCGUGAUGACGUCCAUACAUGGCCCAUCAACCGCUUCACGUUUGAUCCCGCACAAGAUGAAAAGAUAUUAGAGCUCAAAAAACAAUCAAAUGUCUUCAUCACUACAGAUGAGACAGAACCCUUUCUCUGUACGCUGGCCAAGCGCGUCUCUUCUUGGUCUAAGCUACUCCGCAUUGUGGUAUAUAUAUAUCGUUUCUUAGGUAAGCUCCCUCGCUCGGACCGAAUGCAACUUGCACAUCUACAGUUUGCUGAGACUGCUGUCGUAAAAGCGCUUCAACAGCAUUACUUUCGAAACGACAUCGAUGCGCUCUCCAAGGGUCAUCGAGUUUCGAGGUCUUUGCUUCCACUUUCUCCGUUUUUGAAAAACGACAUUCUCCGCGUUGGAGGCCGCUUAAAAAACUCCUCGCUUGAGUUUGACAGCAAGCAUCCGAUCUUGCUUCCCAAAAAGGAUCACAUUGUCAAUCUGAUUAUUGAUUAUCAUCACCGCAAAUACCUACACGCUGGUCCGAACUUACUGUUAUCACUUCUCAGACAAAAAUUUUGGAUCAUUUCCGGUCGCAGUACCGUAAAACAACGCUUUCGUCUUUGUAACAGAUGUUUCAAAGCUGCCCCCCGCACAGAGACGCCUUAUAUGGCUGAUCUGCCCGCUUGUCGAGUCAACGAAACCGUCAAAACCUUUCUUUGGAGUGGCGUUGACUACGCUGGACCGCAGGAAAUUUUAAUUAGUCGUUACCGUGGUGCGCGCAAGGUCCGCUGCUACUAUGCGCUCUUCACAUGCAUGGUUACAAGAAGCGUGCAUGUUGAAAUUGCGACAGAUUUAUCGACCGAUUCCUUUCUUCGCGCUUUUCGUCGUUUUAUAUCACGUCGAGGCAAAAUUAAUUCGCUAUUUUCCGAUAACGGAACGAAUUUCAUAGGCGCCAAAGCCAAACUCGAUGAAUUGAGCGAGUUUCUCAGGUCUAAAGCCUUCUGUAAAGCCUUUGAGCAGGAAACUGUCUAUCAGGGCGUCAAUUGGUCGCUGAACGUACCUACAGCUAGUCACAUGGGUGGUAGCUGGGAGAGUAUGAUUCGAGUUUUCAAAAUGCAUCUACGCCGCACUAUCGGAGACGUUCUUCUCACCUAUGAGGAGUUGCUCACCGUCGUUACCCAGGUCGAAAUGAUUUUAAAUAGUCGUCCGUUAAUUGCACAAUUAAAUUCACAUCCCGGAGAACCGGAACCUUUAACGCCUUCGCAUUUUUUAACUCUCGGACCGCUAGACUCCUUUCAUUCUGAUCCGCGUUUAGAUUCGGUAGAUUUAGUUCGCAAUAAACGACUUGUCGAUGACAUUGUUCAGAGAUUCUGGAAUCGCUGGAGGCGUGAGUACCUAAACACGCUUCAAACGCGCGCUAAAUGGAACACCAAAUUUAAUCCGGUGACUAAAGGUACUGUUGUCCUUCUUAAAACAGAAAACUCACCGCCUUUACAAUGGCCAAUGGGCAUAAUUGAAGAAAUAAUGCCUGCCUCGGACGGGGUCGUUAGAGUAGUCAGAGUGCGCACACAAAACGGCACCUAUCUUCGACCUGUAGUAAAACUUUGUGUUUUACCUUUCCAAUAACCUAUUUUCUCAUUUUCAUUUUUAAUUUAUUUUUAUCUCAUUCUUUUUAUUUAAUACUUCAUAUCCUGCACUCAUUAAGUACCAUUUAUACUUAUUACUUGUACUUAUUAUGUACCACCGCACUACCCUGAUUCCAUCCGCUCUCUAGUUCACCCAUAAUCGCUACAUUUAUGUACUUCUCUCUCUCAUUGUUCAGGAGCUACAUCUCCUAAAGGCCGGGGGGAUGGUUCUUUUUUAAUGAGAGUAGACAUAAAACCUCUCGCAUGGCCACUUAUAAAAAAGAAACAUAAGAAUCAAACGUCAAAAAUAAAAAAAGAAGACUAUCGCCGACCGCACCGCACGCGCUGUACACGCACACGCCGCUUAUUUUUUCACAAAUAUUUUCAUGGACUCAAAUUAAUUCUCUAUUAUACAAACUCUUACUGACGACCAUAUUCGUCGUUGCGCGAGUGAUAUACAAGUUUUAUAGACAAUAAUUUAGAAGAGUGCCGUGUCAAGUCGCCGCCAUUACGCGUCGUCCAGCAGUGGCGUCGAAUUCUUCAGCCUGGAAGAAGCUAGCGACGGGUUGGCAGUUGUUUGGCAAGCUAUUGUUCAACUCUGGGUCGAUAGACCAUGAUUCGCCUGAUGCUGUAGUUAUCAGAGCCUAUACACAUCCCGACACGGGUGUCGCCAUCCACCUCGCGAUGUCAUGCUAAAGUAUAGAAUUUAUAAGAACGCCUGUGCUGAUUUUCAAAUGGAAUACAUGGCUAAAAUAUCGUGACGAAAACCGACGUUAUACUAAAGCCAUUUUUAGUCACAAGUCUGAAGAAAAUCACUCCAGCUGAUGAUAACAACAGACGCGACAUUAAAUCUCAUCACUGUUCCUUUCCGCAUUUGAUUAUCGCGUGGUUUAAAAGACAAAUCAUUGGGAAGAAAAUUUUUGUGCGUCGCAUUUAAGAUCAUCGAUUCAUCAAUGCAUACGCUGUGAGGACGAUGUGUGACGUGAGUAUUAUCGGUGCUCUGAACACGUUUGAGCGUCUGCCGAACUGGAAAACUAUUGCCAAGUGCAAUCUUGACCGUGGGACUACUUUGUAACUCUUGUUUAACAAAUCGCGUUUGAUUAAGAAUAAAAAAUUUAGCAACAUCGGAUUUGCAUAAUUUUUCAUAACUUCAAUUUUCUUUUUUCAUGUAAACUUAUGUGAAUUAAAGAGCCCUUUGGAAUCUCCAA